UCUGGAGUGAGAACCUGGAAGAAGACAGAAGACUGGAACCUGUUCUUGUUUUCCCACACCACAACUUUUUAUUUAGACCUUUUUAAAAACCUGAACAAACUACGUGGACCAGGAGGAAACACAGCAGACCCCCUCAGUUGUCGGGCAGAAUCCCCCUUUACCCAGGGUCGUGACCACGUGUUUCCGGUUGGUGGUUCUGGUUGCCAUGACAACCUGUUGUCAACACUGAGCGGGUUAAAGAUGGAGAACAGCCCCGCAGCUCGUUUCAACGACUCAGUGACUCAGUUUAAAACCUAUGAAGACUAUCUGGACUCCAAAGUGACGCCGACGGACAUAUUUUACCUCAAAAGCCGAGAGUUGGCCCGGCGGCUGGUGGAGCACGGCCACAAGGGCUCCGUCCUCACCAGGGACCAGUUUCAGGACAAGAGAGCAGCUGCUCAGGCUGCAGACGCUGCAAGGAGCGACUCUUUCUACUGCAGGAGCCGCCCAACGACACUGGCAAGUGCAGGAAAAGAGCUCAAAGAUAACUUCCUGAAGGCCCUGGCGGAGCGCGAGGAGGCCAACCGCACUGGGAAAAUGACUUCGGUCAUUUUCAUAAGGGAUCAUAAUCCUCUUGGACAGGAAGUAUCUGGCUAUAUAGACUACGCCCACAGACUCAAGACCCAAGAUUUUGAAGCGUAUUUCAGCGGAAAGAAGCGUCUGAUGCCAGGACGCUCCGAUUUAUGCUACUACAACUGGAAGACUCAGGUGUCCACGUCCAACUCCAGCCCAAACUUUGAAGUGAUUUAUGACGACCCCAACGGCCUUCUCUUCAAGAACAAGAGGGACAAAAAGACCCUGAACGUGGACCCCUUGUCCGGUGCCGGUGAGGACUCCAGCAGGACGUUGGUCCCGUCGGAGCUCUACGUCCAUGUCGUCAUCUACGACCACAGCAUCAGGACGCUGUGACUCCAGAGGCUCUAAUCUAACUGAGUCGCUGCAGUCGACCAUCAUUUACAGACUGCUGCCCUCAGAUGAUGUUUCCAUCUGGUGGAGGAGCUGCAGGGAACAACACAUCUUUAAAGUGGAGAUUCACUGAGGAAGAAGUGGAGCGACUGGUGGGACGACUGGUGGGACGACUGGGACGUCUCUU